AUGUUCCAACGCGACCGCGUCGAGGAUAUCGACGACGAAGAAGCGAUCGAGGCGUCCGUCGUCGUCGAGGACGGGAUCGACGUCGGGCUGGUCGAAUCGCACUCGGAGCUUGUGGUCGAGGUAGACGGCGUCGAUGGCUCCGAGGGCCAAGCUUCGAGCUCCAGCGAGAUUGGCGCGAUCGCCUCAGGGGCCGGUGUCGAGCUGGAGCAGCAAUGGAGGGCGUGGACGGCGGCAGUGGCAGCGCCGUGGGAGCAGCGGCCGGAAGCGGGAACACUAACAGGGCCCCGCUGA